ACUCGAGUCAAGGAUUACUAUACUACUAAUUUAUUGACUUUUGUUUAUUAUGAGUCGUAAAUUCUGUGUAAACCGUGUGGAAAAUUACUCAUUGUAAUUUUAAUUAUGCUAUUUAUAUGCUAACAAUGAAAAGAAACUCAAAAACUAAAGAAAUGUUCAUAGUUCGUGCAUUAGAGAAGAUUUUAAGUGAUAAGGAAAUUAAGCGGUCAUACCACUCCCAACUUAAAAAGGCUUGUGAGGUGGCAUUAGAUGAAAUACAUGCAGAGCUGAAAGAGGAGCAGGUAAACAACACUUCUUCGUCCUCUGCUCUCCCACUACCUAAAGAUGAAACAAGCAGUAACAUCACAGCAGAGAAGUAUUUCACACCGUUUGAACUGGCAAGUCAAAGCAAGACGGCAAGGAUUGUCGUUACUGCUCUAGAUUGUCUUCAGAAACUGAUAGCGUACGGACACCUGACAGGGAAUGUGCCAGACCCUAACUCUCCUGGCAAGUUGCUGAUAGACAGGAUAGUAGAGACUGUGUGUAACUGCUUCUCAGGACCUCAGACUGACGAGGGAGUACAACUCCAGAUCAUCAAGGCCUUGUUGACCGUAGUGACGAGUCAGCAUGUGGAAGUACACGAGGGCACAGUGCUGCUAGCAGUGAGGACCGUCUACAACAUCUACCUAGCCAGCAAGAACCUCAUCAACCAGACGACUGCACGCGCCACACUCACACAGAUGCUCAACGUCAUCUUCGCUAGGAUGGAGAGCCAAGCUGCGGACGAGGUCAGUCGAAUGAAAGACACACCGGAGGUGGUUGAGUCGCUGGAGUUGCCGUCAGUUACCCCCACUCCUCCACUACCCUCCACCACUGAGCCGAGCAGUCAGGAGGUUGUACAGAGUCUACUGAACAGUGUGGUCGACGCUGUAGUCAUAGGCUGUGAGGAGAAAGCCAGAACAGGAUCAGAAAGUGGUGAUUCUGCCAACCAAGAAGCUAACGGUGUUUCUCUAACAAGAGUGCCUUCACAGGAAAGUGUAGACGUUAGCAAUGACGGAGACAGCAAGUCGUCUCCUCAGUUCACUCAUAUUCUGCAGAAGGAUGCUUUCCUCGUUUUCCGAGCUUUGUGCAAACUCUCCAUGAAACCACUCUCGGAAGGUCAGCCGGACCCCAAGUCGCACGAGUUGCGCUCCAAGAUUCUCUCACUCCACUUGUUGUUAUCGAUCCUCCAGUCAGCUGGUCCAGUGUUCCGAGCCAACAUCAUGUUUGUGACGGCCAUCAAGCAGUAUCUGUGUGUGGCGCUCAGCAAGAACGGAGUCUCCUCCGUGCCAGAGGUGUUUGAACUGUCUCUGGCCAUCUUCUUGGCGUUGCUGUCGCGCUUCAAAAUGCACCUCAAGAUGCAGAUCGAGGUGUUCUUCAAGGAGAUCUUCCUCAGUAUCUUGGAGACAUCUAGUUCCUCAUUUGAGCACAAGUGGAUGGUCAUCCAAGCGUUGACUAGGAUCUGCGCAGACGCACAGAGUGUUGUGGACAUGUACGUCAACUACGACUGUGACCUGGCCGCCGCCAAUCUGUUUGAAAGAUUGGUGAACGACCUGUCCAAAAUAGCUCAGGGUCGUCAAGCACUGGAGCUGGGCGCAACUCCCAACCAAGAGAAGUCCAUGAGGAUCAAGGGUCUAGAGUGUCUAGUGUCUAUACUCAAGUGUAUGGUGGAGUGGAGCAGAGACGUCUACGUCAAUCCUAACUCUCAAACUAACCUUGGAGCGGAACGUAACGUGAGGGACAGUGAGACGUCAGAAUUGAUUCCUCCGUCGACGCCCAAGGAGUCGCUGCGGUCGUAUGGUAGUGCCACUUCUCUCAACUCUGCUAGCAGCGGCAACAAAGAGGCCCCAGACACGCCUCAUCAGCUGCAGGUGUUGAAACACCAAAAGGAAGUCUGGGAGACUGGGAUAGACAUGUUCAACCGGAAACCCAAGAAGGGGAUCAGUUUUCUGCAGGAGCAAGGUCUGUUGGGAACCACAGCUUCUGAGGUUGCUGAGUGGCUGCACAUCGACGACAGAUUAGAUAAAACUGGCAUCGGCGACUUUUUGGGCGAAAAUGAAGAUUUUAGUAAAGAGGUCAUGUAUGCUUACGUUGACCAACUGCAGUUUGCCGGCAAAGACAUGGUGUCGGCACUGAGGUAUUUCUUAGAAGGGUUUCGACUGCCAGGCGAAGCACAAAAAAUUGAUCGGCUGAUGGAAAAAUUUGCAAGCAGAUAUUGUGAAUGCAAUCCAAACAAUGGACUGUUUGCAAGUGCUGACACUGCCUACGUGCUAGCGUACUCUGUGAUCAUGUUGACCACAGAUUUGCACUCUCCUCAGGUAAAGAACAAGAUGACCAAGGAGCAAUACAUUCGCCUGAAUCGAGGUAUAUCUGACAAUCAGGACCUUCCAGAGGAGUAUUUGUCCCAGAUAUACGACGAGAUAGCUGGACAUGAGAUCAAAAUGAAGGCUACUAGCAAGCCUGGCAAGCAAGUGAUAUCUAGUGAAAAGAAAAGAAGACUUCUUUGGAACAUGGAAAUGGAAGUGAUUUCUACAGCAGCCAAAAACCUGAUGGAGUCUGUUAGUCAUGUGCAGGCACCAUUCACCUCCGCUAAGCAUCUGGAGCAUGUCAAGCCCAUGUUCAGGCUGGCGUGGACCCCUUUCCUGGCAGCCUUCAGUGUCGGUCUGCAGGAUUGUGAUGAUCCGGAGAUAGCCACCCUAUGUCUGGAUGGUAUCCGAUGUGCUGUCCGGAUUGCUUGCAUCUUCCACAUGACCUUGGAGAGAGACGCCUAUGUCCAGGCUCUAGCAAGGUUCACUCUGCUGACGGCUAACUCUCCCAUCACAGAGAUGAAGGCCAAGAACAUUGACACCAUCAAGACACUCAUCACUGUCGCACACACUGAUGGCAACUACCUAGGCAGUUCAUGGCUGGACAUCAUCAAGUGCAUCUCUCACUUGGAGAUGGCUCAGAUGGUUGGCACAGGAGUGAGACCUCAACUACUGUCAGUCACCAAGAGUUACCCAUCUUCUGACUCUCUAUCACUCUCUUCACUCAAGUUCAACAUGACCUCACUGGAUCCCAGCGUAAAGGAGUCUAUUGGUGAAACGAGCUCGCAGAGUGUAGUAGUGGCAGUGGACAGAAUAUUCACCGGCUCUAUUAGGCUGGAUGGUGACGCAAUCGUGGACUUCGUACGAGCUCUGUGUCAGGUUUCCAUGGACGAACUAUCUCAUCCAACUCAGCACCGGAUGUUCAGUCUACAGAAGAUUGUUGAGAUCUCCUACUACAACAUGGGUCGUAUCAGGCUUCAGUGGAGCAGGAUAUGGCAAGUCCUGGGGGAACAUUUCAACAAAGUUGGUUGCAACCCUAAUGAAGACAUUGCGAUAUUCGCUCUCGACUCCCUCCGUCAGCUAUCCAUGAAGUUUAUUGAGAAAGGAGAAUUUGCUAAUUUCAAAUUCCAGAAAGACUUCUUGAGGCCUUUUGAACACAUCAUGAAAAAGAACAGAUCACGGACCAUACGUGACAUGGUGGUCCGAUGCAUAGCGCAGAUGGUCAACUCACAAGCCAAGAACGUUCGGUCUGGUUGGAAGAACAUUUUCAGUGUGUUCCACCUUGCUGCGGCUGAUCAUGAUGAGGCCAUAGUGGAAAUGGCGUUUCAGACUACAGGACACAUCAUCAACAACCUCUACCCAGCACACUUUGCCAUAAUGGUGGAUUCAUUCCAAGACGCAGUCAAGUGUUUAUCGGAGUUUGCUUGCAACGCAAGUUUUCCAGACACCAGUAUGGAGGCAAUACGACUUAUCAGAACCUGCGCUGACUGUGUGCAUCAGAAACCUCAGUUAUACAACGAGCAUUGCCUGGAGGACGGUAAUGUUAGCGAAGAGGACCGAGCUUGGGUCAGAGGAUGGUUUCCACUGCUGUUUGAACUCUCGUGCAUCGUGAGCCGGUGCAAACUUGACGUCCGAACUCGCGCACUCACCGUGCUCUUUGAAAUCGUCAAAACACACGGCGACGCUUUCAAACCUCACUGGUGGAGAGAUUUAUUUCAGGUUCUGUUCAGAAUAUUUGACAACAUGAAAUUACCUGAACAUCACACAGAGAAACACCAGCCCAGUUUGUCCCUUGUGGAGGAGACUUUGAGGAGUAAUUUUGAGAGUAAAGCUGAGUGGAUGACAACGACGUGCAAUCAUGCAUUGUAUGCAAUUGUGGAUGUGUUUACGCAAUACUUUGACAUUCUCGGGCCUCUGUUGUUGGCCGAUCUGUAUGUUCAGCUACACUGGUGUGUGCAACAAGCCAAUGAGCAGCUGGCCAGGUCAGGCACUAACUGUCUAGAGAACCUGGUGAUCAGCAACGGACUCAAGUUUACAGACGACACGUGGGACAAGACAUGUCAGUGCGUGUUGGACAUGUUCAAGUGUACAAUUCCUGCAGACCUGCUUACGUGGACGCACACUACUGAGAUAGAGAAUGUUCGGCCUGGUAUUCUCAAAAGAUCCAACAGCACAUUCAGUGUUCACAGCAACAACAGCAUCACAUCAGAUGAUAUUGCUCUUCAAAAGAUGGGGUCAAUGUUCACCGGACUGCUGAUAAAGUGUGUGGUGCAGUUGGAGCUGAUACAGACCAUAGACAACAUCAUCUUCUACCCAGCCACAUCCAGGAAAGAGGACCAGGAGAAUCUGGCUUUGGCUCAGGCUGACGUCCUAGACUGGGAGGACGCUAGCUUGUCAGAGCAACAGAGAGAAGAGCAAGGCAUGUAUGGCAACCUCAGCUCCACUCAUCUGCUGCAACUAACAGACUGUCUCAUGCAGAGUCAUCGGUUUGCCAAGGAGUUCAACUCCAACCAUGAACAACGAAACAUACUGUGGAAAGCUGGUUUUAAAGGUAGUGCCAAACCUAAUCUGCUACAACAAGAAGUGCAGAGUCUCGCUUGUGUGCUGAGAGUUCUGUUCAAGAUGGCCGGAGACGAGAACAGAAGAAACGCUUGGGCUGCAGUGCAAGGAAGACUCAUUGCUGUGUGCAAAGAAGCUCUGGAGUAUUUCCUAGGACUACAAUCAGAGGCCCACAGAGAAGCUUGGACUUGCAUCUUGCUGCUCAUCCUCACCAGGAUAAUGAAAAUGUCUGACGACAGAUUUGCCGCUCACGCAUCCAGCUACUACGCCCUGUUGUGUGAACUGAUGUGUUUCGACCUAAAGCCAGAACUGCGCUCAGUCCUGCGUAGGUUCUACCUGAGGAUCGGACCUGUCUUUAACAUCACCUGAGAACAGGUUGGCGCGCGCACAUGUGUCAAGACACCGCGGCCGCGCCCGAAAAGUGUUUCGUUCCACUCGAGUUCCUGAGAUAGUAGCGAGCCAUCCUAGUCAGUAGUUUGUAACCGUCUCCGUUAGAACGUUAUUUUUGUAGUCUAAACUGUGUUAUUCAGGAUAGAUGAAAAUUUAUCUUCCUCUCUAAGUGAAGUAAAUACUUGUAUUUUAUAUAGCACUUUAAAGUGUUUUAAGUGUAUAGUAUUUUUCACCUGGAAAUGAUGAAAUGCGAGCAUAAUGGUAAACUGUAAAGCCAACUAUGUUGUUAAGGUUGUAAAGUAGUCUUACGUGAAUUGCUAAGUCACUUAAAUUGUACCUAGAAUAAUAAUCUAUUAGUAGAGAAUGUUACUAAUUUAAAUUAUGUGUAAUAUAAACUUUAUAAGUAUUUAAACUAUGCAUGUAUUUUAAAAUAUGUAUAUUUAUAAAUUAAAAUUGUUAUCAUAUGUUAAACUAUAUGGUAAUUUAUUUUUUUUACUUUAAACUCGUAUUAUAAAAAUCUGUUAUAAACUUAUGAAUUUAAAAAACAACACAGUUUUAGGUAUACAAAGAUUUUAUAACAAUUUGACGUUUCUUGUCUAUUAUCAUGACUGCUAGGGAUAAGACUAUUAAAUAUACAUCAGGGUUAGUUAUUUUCCACUAGAAGCUUAGGUUGGUAGAAUGGACUGCUUAUAGGUAGCACUGACUGCUUUAAAUGUACUUAAGUUAGGUUUAUUCGUGCAAUCGAAAGGGACUGUCAAUUAUAAAAGAAGAGAUUAAUUUUAGUAUAGUAUAAGAAGUUAUUGUUUUAUCAUAAUAUCUUUGUUGGUAGAAUUUAUGAGAUUAUUUUAUUGCAAAUUAUUGUACACAUGUUUAUAUUAUUUUGUAUAUCUUCCUGUUCUUUACUUUUUUCCUAUAAACAUGAACGAUUUAUUGUAAGGUUGUUAUUGAAAAUCAAACAAAUAAUCUUGGUGAAAUUUAAUUUAUUGUUAUAUCUAUUGAUUGUUAUUUAAUUUCAAUAUUGUUAUUGUUUUCAAAAAUGUUUUCUUAUUAUAUGUUUUUUUAAUUAACUGAUUCAUCAUGCAAUGAUGACACUAUUGUCCACAAGUUUAACAUUUGAUACAACAAGAGGAAACAUGGAGUAGUGGAGUCCAAUUAUAUGGCAAUAAAAUGUUAUAUCUACGAAGUAAAAUAUACCGGUAAAGAAUAAUAAUGAACCUGUAUUUAGCUUAUAACUUUGGGUUUCUUUUAUUACCUUCCUGAAAAUAUACCUUUGAAUACAUAAUAAAUCAAUUAAACUCAUAGGCUAUACUUCUUUUUAAUUUAAUAAUGUGAAUUAUUUAUCUCAUGGUAAUUUUCUUUCCAUAAUACUGUGUUACCACAUUUCCCAUUUGUAAAUCAUGUGAAUGUUUCUACUAAGUAUCAUUAUAUUGUAAGAUGUAUGUGAACAGAUGUAUGUAUGUUAUGUAUCUAUUUAAGUUUCCUUACCGAAAAAUCCUGGUAAAUUUUUCUUAAACAUUAUUAGUAAUGUUAGUAACAAUUAACAAAGUUAGUAACAUUUUGAAAAAAGAUUAAGAAAUUAACUUAACAGUUAGACAAAUUGAGGUAAAAAUUAAAAAAGUUGUAUCUAACCUAAAAACGGUAUCAGUACAGUAUCUAUUUCAUUAAAACAUGUGAAAAAUACUCAUUUAAUAAUUUUGUUCAAUUAAAUUAUAAAAAUCACAUCUUUAUGAUCAACACAUGUGGUUGUUAUUUCAUACUGUUGUUAUUUAUUAUCAGUGGAAUGGUAUCUUUAUACUUUUUGGUUGUUUAUUUGAAAGCUCUUGUUAUUGGAACAAACAACUGUUAUUGUUUAUCUACUCUCAAUCAUGUAUAUAAGCACUGUAUAUACCACAUGAAGUGCCAUUACACAUUUGUACUGUCCAAUCUUAAUGUAUCUACCAUUUUAAGACACCAAAAGUAUUGUGUUAUUAAAUAAAUUGUUUAUUAGUAUUAA